AUCCGGCGCGGCCGAGGGCGGAGGUCGGCCCCGUUGGGCUGGGUGUCUGGAGCAGCUCGGGCCGGGGCGGCGCGGCCGGUACUGGCCCCAUGAAGCUGCGGGCAGAGGCGGAGCAGAGACCGGCCUGGGCCUGCCCCUGCCCCUGCCCCGCUGCCCCCCGCGGGCUUGGCCGCGUUACCUGUGGGUCGCCCCCGGCCGCUCAGCCGGGCCCGCCCCACCCCGGCGGCAGGUGCGGGUAACGCGGCAGGUGAGGAUGAGCGUCCCCGGCGGCGCCCCCGGCUCUCCCGGAUGCCGCGGCUGAGGCGGCUGCGGCCCGUGCCCCGGCCCCUGCCAUGGCUCUGCUGGGCUCCGGGGCGGCGGUGGCGGCCGAGGGCUCCUCGGCGGGCGGCGGCGGCGCGUCCUGCCCGCUCUGGACCGCGCUGUACGACUACGAGGCGAGCGGGGAGGACGAGCUGAGCCUGCGGCGGGGCGACGUGGUCGAGGUGCUGUCCAAGGAUGCGGCCGUCUCGGGGGACGAUGGCUGGUGGGCGGGCAAAAUCCGCCACCGCCUCGGCAUCUUCCCGGCCAACUAUGUGACUUACCAGCCGGGCCGGUACCCGCCCCAGCACCGGCAGCCGGAGAAGGGCGGGCGCCCGGCCCCGAGCCCGGCUCCGCAGGACUGGCGGGCCGGGGACGGGGGAGACCAGCCAGGCUCCCUGGCCCAGAUUGACUUCCAGCAUCUGGAGCUCCAGGAGAUUAUUGGUGUGGGGGGUUUCGGCAAAGUGUAUCGUGCCACCUGGAGGGGCCAGGAAGUGGCGGUGAAAGCGGCCCGGCAGGACCCCGAUGAAGACAUCAUGGCCACAGCCGAGAGCGUGAGGCAGGAAGCCAAGCUGUUCUCCAUGUUGAAGCAUCCCAACAUCAUCGAGCUGCACGGCGUCUGCCUGCGGGAGCCCAACCUCUGCCUGGUGAUGGAGUUUGCUCGGGGGGGCUCCCUCAAUCGAGCCCUAGCAGGGGCAGCUACCACCGGCGGGGGAAGCCGCUGGGGCCGCCGUGUACCUCCGCACAUCCUGGUGAAUUGGGCAGUACAGAUAGCCCGCGGGAUGCUCUACCUGCACGAGGAAGCCAUCGUCCCCAUCCUACACCGAGACCUCAAAUCGAGCAAUAUUUUGUUACUUCAGAAGAUAGAACAUGAUGACAUGUGUAAUAAAACUUUGAAGAUUACGGACUUUGGCCUGGCUAGGGAAUGGCAUAGAACAACCAAAAUGAGUGCAGCAGGUACCUAUGCAUGGAUGGCACCUGAAGUUAUCAAGUCCUCUGUGUUUUCUAAAGGAAGUGAUAUCUGGAGUUACGGAGUGUUGCUGUGGGAACUGCUUACGGGAGAAGUUCCUUACCGUGGCAUUGAUGGUCUUGCUGUGGCUUAUGGAGUAGCUGUCAAUAAGCUUACCUUGCCCAUUCCAUCCACCUGUCCUGAACCAUUUGCUAAACUAAUGAAAGAAUGCUGGGAGCAGGAUCCUCAUAUCCGACCAUCGUUUGCCUUAAUUCUUGAACAGCUUACUGCCAUUGAGGAGGCAGUUAUGACUGAGAUGCCUCAAGAAUCUUUCCACUCCAUGCAAGAUGACUGGAAAUUGGAAAUUCAGCAGAUAUUCAGUGAACUAAGGACCAAGGAAAAAGAGCUGCGUUCACGCGAAGAAGAGCUGACAAAGGCUGCUCUUCAGCAGAAAUCUCAGGAAGAACUACUAAAGCGGCGUGAGCAGCAGUUAGCAGAACGUGAGAUUGAUGUACUGGAGCGUGAGCUGAAUAUUUUGAUAUUCCAGUUAAAUCAAGAGAAGCCCAAUGUGAAGAAGAGGAAGGGAAAGUUCAAAAGGAGCCGGUUAAAACUUAAAGAUGGACAUAGAAUUAGUUUGCCUUCAGAUUUCCAGCACAAAAUAACAGUGCAAGCUUCCCCUAAUUUGGAUAAACGAAGAAGCUUAAACAGUAACCGCUCUAGUCCACCAAAUAGCCCCACAAUAAUUCCUCGUCUUCGAGCUAUACAGCUGAUUUCCAGAGCAGACACAAAUACAGCUAAUGGCCGAAGAAACAAUGUAUAUGUGUACCAGCAAGAUGUAGAUAUCACAAGUGAAUAUGCACUUUCAAGUGGGGUUAUGAAAAAAGUAACCUCAGAUGAAAGCAACAGAACCUGGGGAAGAAGCACAGCUUGCCACCAAGAAGAAUUUGAAGACGUGAAGAAAAGCUUUAAAAAGAAAGGUUGCACAUGGGGACCAAGCUCAGUUCAAACAAAGGACCAUGCAGAUUGUAAGGAAAGAAUAAGACCUCUCUCAGAUGGCAACAAUCCUUGGUCAACCAUUUUAAUGAAAAGUCAGAAAGGUGUUCCAUUAGCCUCCCUCUUUGUGGACCAAGAUGUUUGUACAGAGCAGAGACUUUUCCCUGAAGGUUUGGAUGCAAAAAGACCAAAGCAAAUGAAGUUGCCAAAUCAGGCUUAUAUUGAUCUACCUCUUUGGAAGGAUGAUCAGGGAGAAAACACUAAAGAACAUGAAAGCUUUGAAGAAGGAACCUCUGCUAGUUCUUCAAAUAGUACUCCACAAAUGACUCCUACAAACAGUCUCAAUAGAACACUGCAGAAAAAGAAAACUGACUCUAUAUUGUAUCGAUGUGCUGUUCUCCUUGCAUCUGUAGCUUUGGGCUUGGAUAUUAGAGAGCUAAACAAAUCACAGGUUCCAGAUGAACUGUUGCCAAAGGAGGAGAAGAAGAAGCGGGAGGGAAUAUUUCAGCGUGCUUCAAAGUUUCGCAGGAGUGCAAGUCCUACAAGAUUGCAGUCCAAAAAAGAAGAAACCCAUAUUCCAUCUCUAAGUCCAUCGGCAAAUACUGUGAAUCUUCUCUCUAUGCCUUCCCUUUCCACCAAAUGCUUGCUUCAGUCUGAUGGUGAAGAUGCUUUUGUAAGCAUCACUCCCCGUGAUUGUGACACAGGCAUUCCCACUGAGGCAUUUUCAUCAGAAACUUCAGCAACUAAGAGGGGGGAACAAAGGGUAAAGCAGAUGCUUGACACUGAUCCUGUGAUGUUAAAGAAUCAGUCUCCUAUUCUUCCUCUGAAACAAGAAUCUGAAAAAGUGCCAAAUGACUCUUCAUCAAAAUUGAGACGAUCGGGUCACAGACGAACCAUGUCAGAUGGAAAUACUUUCCAGAGUACAUCUAAUGGAAUCUCUUCACCUAACGGAAUCUCCGUGUUGCCAGUUCUUCCAGUUUCUGGGAUUCUGCGGUCUACAUCUGUUCAGCAAAGAAGCAUGCACCGUGACCUGUCACCUGAAAAGCAAAGAGCUGUCAAUAUUAUAUCAAGGCCUCGACCUUCUUCUCUAAGAAGCAGAAUAGAUCCAUGGCAAGUUCUUCCACAAAGUAUAAAGCCAGACUAUACAGAAGUGGACGAUAUAGAGAGUUAUGUAGGUCCCAAUGUUAACUUCGUACCAGAUACUGAGGAGAGAACUAAAUCCCACAUGCCUUCAUUACUUGAUAUUGAUGUGGAAGGUCAAAACAGAGACUGCACAGUGCCUUUGUGCAGAAUGAAGAACAAAACUUGUCGGCCAUCUAUAUAUGAACUAGAGAGAGAAUUUUUGUCUUAAGUGCCUAGCAUUUUUAAAGUAUUGCCUUUUUUAAGGAGAAGAAAAAAAUUAAAAUUAUUUUGUACAUCUAAUAUUUCAUGCUACUGUUUUCUAAAAUACUGUGGCCAAUACUACCAAAUUUUUUUGUAACAGGCAGCUAAUUUUGUACAAUGUAUAACAAGAUGCCUAUCUUGAAUUUUCACUGGAAUCCCAUCUAGUAACUAAAAGCACAAUGCUGGAAAACAGUAUUCUGGACAUACAUCUCUAAGCACAGUUUGAAUUGCUAAAUUAACUUGUCCCCUUACCUCCCACAAAAUCUCACCUUUUCUCUUCUAGAGCUCUUGCUUUUUGGUGUGUGUUUUGUUUUCUCUCUCACAUUGAAGGGCUAAUUGGCAUGCAGAGCAUUUGCAUUCAAGUCAUGGGCAGUUCUCUGCACAUACAUUUUUCAGGAACAGCCCCUUAUGAACUGUGGAGUUAAGGAUUUUUAUUUUAUUUUUUGUUUAAGAUGCCUGUAUGGAAGUGUUCUACCCACUCUGCCCCAAAUAGUUGGUUUUCCUUUGGCAUUGACUACAUUGUGGAAGUAAUUUACCACCAUCAAAUGAAUUUGCAUAGUUUUGCCCCCGACUAUUUUGAAAUACAGUAGAUUGUCAAUCAUAGAAUUAGUUUACCUAGAAAGUUGUGCUAUAAUUUAAAUUAAAACUAAAUUUAAAUUUGAGUGACUGGAAUUGGUUAAAGCUAUUUGACGUUCUUUGUUUUUUGUGAGUGAAGCAACAUUCCAUUAGGUAAAGAUACACUGGAACCUUAAUAGUUGUGCUCUGACUUUUUUUGAACACUACAGUAUAUUUGCACUGAGAAGAGUAUUCUUCUUGAUGAUUAUUUUUAAUUAAAACUGAGUUCUCUAGGUUACUGUACCUUCUGUGUUGGAAAGAGGAUUUUUUAGUGCAGUUAACCAAGUUUAAGUUUCUAGCACAAUUGCAAACUGUUACAAAGUCUAUUUAAAAGUCAAACCUGCCUUUUCUUCCUUAUAUUGGCAAUGGGAGCCUUUCUUUUCGUGCCAAGGUGUGGUAUGAAAAGGAAAAAAUCUGAUACGCUUGGUUUCUUAUUCAGUCAGUAAAUGUCCAACAAAUUCAUAACUAUAGAGUUGUGGGGGGAAGUGUACUUAAACUUGAUCAUGUAGCAACUUCAUUUUCCCAAAUCACUAAAUUAGUGAUGACUAAUUUAAACGCUGCUUUACCAGUAAUUGUUGGAAGUGCUGAAGAGGAGAAACAUUAGAAUUAAGGUGCAUUUCUUGAAUUUUGACAUCUUAACUAGAAAUUCUCUUUAUCAUUUUUAGACUUAGAUAUGCUGCAGAAAUAAAAUUACAUAGUUAAGAAAAAAAAAGUUUUCAUUUCCCAUCAGGACAUUUUCCUGUUUUAAGGCCUUUGUUUAUAUUCUUUGUCUCCUUUACCCUUAUGUCUGGGAGUUCAGAUUGUCCAUUGUUAAACAGAAUUCAUGAGCACCUAGCAUCAAAGCAAAGGAAUUAAAAAGCAGUUUUUUAUUCUAUAGUGCACUACAUUGGUUCUAUUGAAAAUGGGAGAGAAGAAUUGGAGAAUGUCAAUCAUGCAGUUUUAACCUUGCAGAGAAGUGGACAGAUGGACAUAACUUCCCUGAGAACAAGCUCACAAUAUCAAGAGUGGAAAUGAAAGAACACUUAAAGUAUUAUUUCUACAAAAAAUGUUAAGAUACACUAACUGCUGGUUGGCUGUAAACUGAGUGACUAUAUAACAGGUUGUUAUUAAAUUAUUGCAUUUUUGUCCUAUCCUGUUUGUUUUCAGUAACCUGUAUAAUUGCUAUUAAGUUUGUUGUAAGUAUGAAUACUGCACACUUCAAAACUUAGGUACCACAAAUUUCAAAUAGCAUACAAUGUUCUUUAACUUGUAUUCUUUAAACUUGUACUUAAUUUUAUCAAGUACACUUCAGUAGAUGAAGUUUAGUUUUUAAUUUAAAAUGUAAUGAUUGGUUCUCAUGUAGAAAGUGUACACAAUUAAUUAUACAUGUAGUGCUCUGUGGAAAAUAUGGCUCAAAUCUUAAAUAUAGUUUGGUAGUGUAUUUAAUUUUGAAGAUGAAAGUUACAGUUGUGAAACAUUGUGUCUACUUAGACUGUUUCAGGAGGGAUCAUGCCUUUAUAAUAUUGAGAGAAAUUGAAUUGAUUAUAUUAUACAACUAUCCUCCUGGGGAAAGUACCUCUACUAGGCUUUCUAAAGGAAAAUCUCAGGUGCUUUAGUCAUUUUGUCUGUAAACGUUUGUUCAUUCUACUUUGUUUUACUUCAUUAUAAAUGUUGAAUUAUGCACCAUAGAUUUUGUAGUCAACAGCCAGCAUAAAAAUACCCCACUGUGGGCUGUAUUGUUUUCUCUUGCCAGUGGUCCAUAUGGUGAUCUGUUUUUAAGCAAAAUUCCCCAUUGAUUUUAAUGGGGGAUUCUGCUUAAAAAUGAAUGGCAUAGUAUGGCCCAAUUAGUACAUGGUAACAAUUUUAAGAGCUAUAUACUCAGAGGUUGCACCCCAAGAAAAAGAAUGUAAGCCAUCUCCAUCCAACAAGCUGGUUUUACUGAUGCAGUCUUUUAGCUAUAGUAUAUAGUGUUUUAGAAUUAUUUUUUUAACUUCUUUUGUGUAGUUUAAAAUUAUAGGCCAGUCUUCACUAAAAUGCAAAGAUUAAAAAUAAAGAUGAUUAAAUCCAUAGUUUCACAAUUUCUAUUUCACAUGUUACCAGAGUUACCUUUGUACAAGUAAGGGAAUCUGGUGUAUAUUUAUAAUGAUUUUUUACUUCUGUAUUGGGUAUAGCUGGUAAAGAAUGUAUUUAUUGUCAUGUAUGUGAAUAGUCUGACCAUAUAAGUGGUAAAUUUAUACUGAUCAUGUUAGCAUACAAUUUCAAGGUGCUUACACUGCAGAGAUUAAGGUAACUACUUGACAUGCUGUUUUACAAAGCCUUAUGACUGAAAUGUUUUUAUUUUAAAAUAAACUUUUGUAGCUAGUGUAUUGAA